AUGUCCAUCCGAUAUGCGCCUAUUCCAAAUCCUCGUACUGAACCAGACACAAAUGCAGAGCUCGACGCAGCUUUCGACGACAGCGACGAUGAAGCCAUCGACGAGUCCCAUCCCUUGCGUCGUCCCACGCCGUCUUCCGAACUGAACCUACCUCAUUGGAACGACCAUCUGCAGGAGCAGUCGGCUCUGACAUACAAUUUCGACUCCCCCAUUCCAGAUUACGACCAACCUCCUCCAGGAUCACCACCACCUCCUACUGCUUUUGCAUUACCAAAUUCCAUAGGGAACAACAACGGUAUCAUCCCCACGUUCACACACAAUGACAUCCCACGGACACAUCCUUCCUGGUGGAAAAGGGCCACCACGUCACUCUUACCAAACUACCUCAUCUCCCGCUUCAGAGUCGAUGUUUCACCUCGCGGUAGUAGACCCGUGAUGGGCGGGGGAACAGGGAAUGACGGUGUUUUCAACAACAUUGCUGCCAAGCCUUCCACCUCUGGAGUUCGUGUUCAAGAUGGUGAUGACGUCUACAUCGUUCCCGAAGAGUCCUCUGCCAUUCCUCCGCCUUCCUAUGCAUCCGCACAGGCAGAUGCCGUUCCCCCUUAUCACACAUCCACACUCCUCCUCCCAUCCUCCGAUGGCCCUCUCACCCAGGGAAACAUCAUCGUCGAUGCCCUCCCAACGGGUACAUUAUUUGCAUUCCUCUGGAAUGCUCUUGUCAGUACCACAUUCCAGUUCAUCGGGUUCGUCCUCACAUGGGUGAUGGGUAUGACCCACGCUGCGCGAUACGGUAGCCGUGCCGGUCUCGGCAUUACCCUCAUCCAAUGGGGUUUGGCUCUUCGUUCACGCUUGGACGAAGUCGGGUCGUGGAACCAGCCGACUUUUGCGACGGCCAAAGAAGCGGAUGAGUACUACCAAGACACGAGUCGCUACAAUGCCUCGUCCAUCGAACAACCGAACGCUCCCAGCGGAUCCCAGACAGACGAUUUUUCGUGGAAAGGCGACGUCGCCCUUACCAGCCCGGUGGCAACGGAAUGGCUCUCAUUUUUCCUCAUGACAGCAGGUUGGUUUCUCUUGCUGACAUCCACCCUUGGAUUCUGGCGCGUGAAACGUUGGGAGAAGUCGAUUCUCGCACCAUCAAAUCCGUCGCCUGAUCUUCCGCCCCCACCAUUGCAAAGUCACGCAAGGUCCUUUUCCGAGGUUGAUGCAGACACCGAGAUGCCUUGGCCAUCAUUUCUGGCGCCUAUGAUGCAGAGCAUUGGAUCCCACCGAUGGUCACGCCGUCGACGAGACGCUCGCGGUGUGAGUGGAGGCGCUGAGGUACAGGAGCAAAUAGUUCUGUCCACUGACCCUGAAAGAGCUCGGAGGGCAAGAGAUUUUCUUGAUAGGGAGCAAGCCAUGCAUGAAGAAUUGAGAUCAAUGGGGAUAGUUUAA